AUGGCCUUGAUUACCAUAUCCGGAUAUCCAUGCUCUGGAAAAUCUCGUCGAGCCCAACAAAUUGUCAGCUUUAUCCAAGGAAAGCUAAAGGAUCCCGAAUACAACGGUCCCCAAUACAACAUUGUCCUCAUCUCCGACGAAUCCCUCAACAUUUCCCGUUCAGCAUAUGAUGACAGUCGGUUGGAAAAACCGGCUCGGGGCGCCCUCUUUACUGCGCUGCAACGCCAGAUUUCUCUGAAGAACAUCGUCAUCGUCGACGCUCCGAACUACAUCAAAGGGUUCCGGUAUCAAAUAUACUGUGCGGCUAGGGAGUUCAAAGUACGCGUGUGCACUGUAUAUGUCGUCGCGACGCCGGAGCGAUGCAGAGAAUGGAACAGUUCUCGUGUUGAAUCUGAGAGAUACGCACCCGAGACACUCGAGAAUCUCAUUCAGCGGUACGAAGAGCCUUCAUCGAUGGUCCGCUGGGACUCGCCACUCUUCACGAUUCUAUGGACGGAUGAAGACAUUCCAUCUGUCGAUAUAUGGAAGGCCAUUACGGAUGGCGUCGUGAAACCGCCUAAUUCCGGGACACUUUCUAUCACAAAAGCGCCGACGGAUGCCCUCAUCACCCUUGAAAACACCACCCUUUCUAUCGUAUUCUCGAUAAUGUCAGAGCAAGGUGCCUUGCAAGGUGCCGGGGGAACCGUUCAGCUCCCCAUCUCAGCGACUUUGAAGCCCAAAGUACAUCUCCCUGCUCGGAACCUCACGCUGUCGGAGCUUCAACGUUUGAAACGGCAGUUUGUGACAGUUCACAAGAAAGCUAUAACCUUGGGCACGACGGAGAAAGGUCAUGUCGACUGGGACGAAGAUAGAAUAGCAGAAAAGUUUGUCGUGUAUCUUGAAGAGCACUUGAAAGACUAGGAAUAAGAAUGUGCUUGCUUUCGGG